AAUUUGCAUAAUACCUUGCCCGUCACUCCGCUAUUUAUCUGCGAGUUUCGCUACUGUUUCCUUUGUUAAAUUCAAAGUUUUCUUUUACGAAUUUGUUCAUUUAGAAUAUUUUAACAAUGUUUGGUUGGAGUGACCUUAUCAUUUCACUGUUAAAUGUGUGGUACGUUGUCUUAUUUAAUGGAUGUUCUCUAGAAGACAAUUUAUUAAUCGGCAUGUCUCUCAACUUCUUCACCAUUUCCAUGAUUUUAACAAUGAAGUACAUUUAUGCACCUCUAAAUACAUUCGCAACGUUCAGAUUUCUUCUCUUGAUUACGUUAGCGACGAUAAUUUUGUGGAUUUCGGAAGUAAUCAGAAGUCUGAAAAUAAAAAUAUUCAAUGUGGAGCGAAGGAAUUGGACCAAACGUUUCGACGCCUGUUGGGUAUUCGUCGAAAGUGUUAUCUUUUCCGUCAUUUUAAAGUGGGUAGAUACUUACGUAGUGAAUUAUUCGACACAACGUAACAGAAUAGAACACCCUUUUAUAUAUUUAUAAUAUUAUACAGAGGAUGUUGAAGAAGAUUCAUUAAUUAAUCGAUCAUCUUCUGGUAUUCAGAAGAGAGAUUUUACUCGCUCUGUAAACUUUUAAUCGCGAUUUGUAUGUUUGCAUAUUGCUAUAAUUCAUAUUUUAAUCAAUUUUCUAAUGUAGACAAGACAUUUUUUGUGAUUUUUAAAAACUUUAAUUAAAAUUUCUUCCUUUUUAUUUUGUCUUUUUAGUUUCUUAUUGAAAUAUCUGUAUUU